AUGGCAGCGCCGGCCGCCAAUGCCAUCAUGUCGCCCGAGGAGGAGCUGGACGGGUACGAGCCGGAGCCCCCGGGGAAGCGGCCGGCGGUGCUGCCCCUGCGCGGGCUGGUGGGCGAGGCCGGUAGCGCCUCGGGCACCGACGGCUCCCGGCCGUCCACGCCGCCGCCGGCAGAGGAGGAGGAGGACGAGCUGUACCGCCAGGCGCUGGAGAUCAUCUCCCGGUACCUCCGCGAGCAGGCGACCGGCGCCAAGGAUGCCAAGCUGCUGGACCGCCCCGGCGCGGCCGGCCGGAAGGCGCUGGAGACCCUGCGGCACGCGGGGGACGGCGUGCAGCGCAACCACCAGACGGCCUUCCAAGGCAUGCUGCGGAAGCUGGACAUCAAGGGCGAGGACGCCGUCAAGUCCUUGUCUCGGGUGAUGGUCCACGUUUUCAGCGAUGGAGUAACCAACUGGGGCAGGAUUGUGACUCUUAUUUCUUUUGGUGCCUUUGUGGCCAAACACUUGAAGAGCAUAAACCAAGAAAGCUGCAUCGACCCGUUAGCAGAAAGCAUCACAGACGUCCUGGUCAGGACGAAACGAGAGUGGCUAGUCAAACAAAGAGGCUGGGAUGGGUUUGUGGAUUUCUUCCAUGUAGAGGACCUAGAAGGUGGCAUCAGAAAUGUGCUGCUGGCUUUUGCAGGUGUUGCUGGAGUCGGAGCUGGUCUGGUAUAUCUAAUAAGGUAGCCUUUAAGUGCAAUAUUGACUCUUAACCAACUCCAGCCACCAAGACCACAUAACGACUGCUGUGAAAUCAAGUGUAUUUAUGAAGUUGGACUUCAAGUUGCCCAGGCUGUAACCUCCAAGAGUUCUGCUCUAGCAAGCGUAGAAAAGCAAGUGGCAAGGGGAUUCUGGGUAACAGGAAUAAAUACUUGGGAAAAGUAGUCCUUGAAGAGUCACUGUUUGAAAGAAGCAAAGUUUAGUUUUACCUAUAGGCAAACUUUUGAGAGGCCAUGGAUGGAGGAGGGGGACUUGAGAUUUAGCAAAGACGGUGGAGUGGAGAAACUUAAUUCCCUUGUCUAGAACAGGAGAGUGGCCAGUAGCCAGGCUAGUCAUAGUUCAGUAAACACGUCCUUCGAGUUUAUUUACUUCCUAAUAGUGUUAAAAGGAGAUGCUCUAAGACCAGUGAUGGCUGUGUGGUGUGGAUUUAAGCUACAAGAAACAGACCUAUGACUCGAAGCCUCAGUACUGUACAACAGAGUGUGAAGGGAA